ACAGCUCAGACAGUAUAACACAAUUAUCAUUAAAAUUGUUAUUUAUUUAUAUACAUGUUUAUUGCAAUUGAUUAGCAAUAGUAGUGUUGAUACCGAUCGACGACCUGUCCUAUUGAUGACUACACCGAGUGAUAAAAAGUUAGUCAAACUAUCGGACGAAGAGUCUAAUAUAUUGAGUCGUAAGGGCUAUACUAUUGAGAAAUACUCGCUAAACUCUGGCGCCUACGCCGAUGUCUACAAAGGCCAAUACAAUGGACAGGAUGUGGCCAUCAAAGUGAUUGACACCAGAAAAGUAUCCGAAGACUAUAGAAGCAAAUUCUUGCCGCGAGAACUGUAUGUUAUGCGUAAACUAAAGCAUCGGUUUAUACCCCGUAUGGAUGAGAUACUGUUGAUCGGUAAUCGUAUAUUUGUAGUCAUGGAAUUGGCCGAAGGCGGCGAUUUGUUGGAUAUGAUUAACGCUAAUCGCCGGCCAUUGACAGAACCGGUAGCCAAACGCUACUAUCGACAAGUGUCCGAAGCACUGGACUAUAUACACAACGAAGCAAUAGCCCAUCGGGACAUCAAAUGCGAGAAUAUUUUGCUAAACAAACAGAAAACAGUGGCCAAACUGACCGACUUUGGGUUUGCCCGAACCUGUUUCAAUGCACAAAGCGGUUAUCGCAUGUUAGCCGAAACCCAGUGCGGUACUACUGGUUACGCAUCGCCCGAACUGCUCAGCGGACAGCCAUUUGACGCUAUGAUGAACGACUGUUGGGGAAUGGGUGUUGUACUGUAUGUAAUGUUGACCACCAAAAUGCCGUUUACCGUCAAACACUUGCGCACCAAACAGCUGACCAAACACUAUAGACUACAACAAUUGCCAAUCAGUGACGACAGCAAAGAUCUGAUUUCCAAACUGCUUGAACCAGAAGUCAGCAAAAGACUUACAAUGCCUCAGGUCCUCAACCAUCGGUGGCUUAAAGGGGUUAAAGUUUAAAAUCGUCGAUUAAAGCCCAGAGAAUCGGUAGUAUUU